GGGUGCGGGGUAAUUCAAGCUGUCACAACUUGGAAUUUGAACUUUUUCUUUCUUUCUCACAGAUAACGCCCGUACCAUGCCUUCCCUCCGUCUCGGAAGUAUCGCCCCUGACUUUGAGGCAGAAACAACUACAGGUCCUAUCAAGUUCCACGAGUUUAUUGGGGAUUCAUGGGUUAUCUUGUUCUCGCACCCUGGCGACUUUACUCCUGUCUGCACCACCGAACUCGGUGAGGUCGCCCGUCGCGCAGAUGACUUUGCAAAGCGGAACGUCAAGGUCAUCGGAAUCUCCGCUAAUAACCUUCAAGACCACAACAGUUGGAUUCAGGACAUCAAUGAAUACGGUGCUAAAUUUGGUCCAACCGACGUCCAGUUCCCUAUUGAUAGGAGAAUUUCGACCCUUUAUGACAUGCUUGAUGAACAGGAUGCUACCAACCGUGAUGCAAAGGGCCUUCCUUUCACGAUUCGCACAGUCUUCGUGAUCGACCCCAAGAAGGUCAUCCGGCUCACGAUUUCUUACCCUGCUUCUACCGGCCGCAACUUUGACGAGUACCGGAUAACUACACCGGUGAACUGGAAGAAGGGUGAUGAUGUUAUUGUUCACCCGGCUGUCUCUACCGAGCAGGCCAAGGUGUUAUUCCCUCAAGUGACGGUCCAUAAGCCGUAUCUGAGAACAACCCCUUUCCCUACGCAGUGAUGGAUGGAGAAAAGGCUGAAGGAACGAUCAUGGAGAUGUACAGUAUCCGGUAUUGCACAUGAGUUGUGUCGCUAAAGUUACGAGCCUCUCGCGCAUUUUUAUAUGAUCUGGUACAUAUUUGCGAGGCGUGAUGAAUCCGAUGUGUUCUUAUUGUCAGAGAAGCACGUCUAAGACUGCAACAGAAACAAAAGAGAAGAAAAGAACUGAAGAAGCCCACACGCAUCAAACUUUGUGGCAUAACAUCAUGUUUCUGGAAUUUUUAAGCAUAACAAUGGCAGCGAGCGUAGGUCAUCGGGCG